UUUAUUUAUUUAUUUAUUUAUUUCCCCUUUCUUUAUCAAAAAGUAUUAUGGAAAAGUUUAAGGAGAAACUCGCUACUCUUCGUGCCGAAGUUGAUACUGCCACUAGACGUGCUGAAGAAAUGGAACAAAAGGCAAAGCAACUCGAAGCUGAGCAUGAACAAAAAGAUAGCAAGUUGAAUAACCUUCAAAAUCGUGCUAAAGAUUUAGAGGAUUCGCUUGAAACUGCUGAAGCCAAUUUGAAACAAGCUACUUCUGACUAUCGUGAAGCAGAUUUACGUGCUGAACAAUUAAGUAAGAAGGCUAUCAAAUUAGAACAAGAAAUUGCUGUCUGGAAUAAGAAAAAUGCUGAAUUGGAAGCCAAAUAUCAAGCUGCUAAGGCUGAAAUGGAUGAAUUAGAGGGUCAAAUGGAAGGCGUGUAAAUAAAUAAACCCAUUUACAUGAACUUGUUUAUUUUAUUUUAAAACGGUCAAUUUUACAUAUAAACAAGUAGCACAGAAAAAAAAACUAUUAUUUAUUUAUUUAUUUUUAUACAUUUAUCAAAUAAGGAGUUUUGUAACAGAAAAAAAAAAUAAAAAAAAUAAAAAAAAAAAUUAUGGUUCAACGGGAAUAUCAAGGUCAG